UUUUUGCACAGAAAAUAAACGCCAUGCUUUUCAAACAGAACUAGAAUAGAAUACAGAGCGUGGUAUCUGUUAAAAUAAAAGCUUAACUAAAAAAUGAUAUUUACUUUUGUUCUCAUGUUUGCGUCACUUUUUGAUAUCUUUCCAUUGAUUGAUGCGAACGAAACACGAAAUGGGGUGACCGAAGAAAGAAUCUUAUUCGAAAGACUUAACAACUCCCUGCCGAAAUACUCCCCGCCUCAAGACAUGCGUAACAAAACAGUUCAUAUUUACGUCGACCUGUAUCAAAUAUCCGAUGUUGACGAACGAGAGGGCGCUCUGACUGCGAAAAUGUGGUUGUAUUACUAUUACUACUCAAAUUCGGCCAUGUGGAACAGUUCUGAAUAUAACGUUUCAGAACUAUUUGUACCACCUGGAACUUUCUGGUCAGGUGAUAUCGUGGCUCUGGAUGCCCUUAAGGUCAUACACGAAGCCUUUCAUCGACAGUUUGUAAAUGGUCAGCUUGGUUUGGUCGCGUUCUACUCCUCAUUGGCCACGAUUAAGUUUUCUUGUUCCUUUGAUGUUGCAAAUUUCCCUUUCGACCGACAUGCUUGCAACAUCAGAUUCGGGCCGUGGGUCAGCGAAAAAUUCGACUAUACGUUUGGACCUGAUGUGGGUUUUCUCAGAGAAACUGCGGAUCUACAGUACUACAGGGAACACGAUGAGUGGCAAUUGCAGAGACCCGUUAACUUUUACUUCACAGAAAGGAACUUCAAAGAUAUGAGGUUCGAGCAAAUGACAGUGGAGAUCAAAAUCAACCGACGGCAUUUGUUUUAUUUUGUGAUUUUCAUGCUGCCCAAUAUUCUCUUAUACAUUCUGUCGGCUCUCGUGUUUUUCAUCCCAAUCGAGUCGGGCGAGAAGAUAUCUUUUUCAAUCACUAUUCUGCUGGCCUUUGUCGUUUCAUUUGGAACUAUUGCUGAUCUUCUGCCAGCCAGCUCUCUGAAUUUCCCAAUCAUCGCUUCCCUACUGGGCGCUGCUGUCACUCAAAUGACCCUGGACACAAUCUUAGUUGCAAUUGUUGUCAACAUUCACUAUAUCGGUGGGCGGUUCAAGAUGGGUAUCAAGUUGCGUCGUUUUAUUUCAUGUAGAGGCACAUUUAUCUUUGGAUUGAAACCAUGCCCUAUCGAAAAAGCGUUUCCGAGUACUGAGCAAGACAGAAAAACAAACAGCAGAGUUCCAAAUUUGGAUACGCAGGAUGGAGCUGAAGGCUCAAACUUGGACACUGAAUGUCUUGAAACUUCAGGCCAGCCCUCCACCGACGAUUUUCAAAGAAACCUGGAUGAUAAGAAAACCAACUUUAAAGUUUUGGCCAGAUCAGCUGACGAAAUGACCCCAGGAAACUACGCAGAUGAUGAACAUGAUAUGACAUUUUUGUGGCAAUAUUUAGCCACAAUUAUGGACCGGUUUUUCUUGUAUGUCCAUAUCAUAGUAUCCAUUGUCAUUUUUGCUGUGUUCAACUCAUGCUUGUAAAUAUCUGUGAAUAUUUUGAUUGCCUCAAAGAGAUUAGUUA